AAUAAGAGCAGGUCUGACCAACUUCUCACUGCAAUAACGGAAGUAUAAUUGUAUGAGACGGAGUAUCACAUAAGUAAUGCGUAAAAAAUGUUUGCUAAACGUCACACAAUAACCUUUGUAGUAACAUUACUGUAUGUAACAACAUUAGUUUUGGCACAGGACACCAAUAAUGGAAUGGUGGCUGGAGACGAUGAAAAAGCACCAGAUACAGUAAACGAUGAAACUCCAAAAACUAGUGGAAAUGAACCAGCAUCUAAUACGUCGACAUCGAAUCAAUCUCUUUCGUUGGGUGCAAAUGUUAAAUUGACCACUAAUAACAAUGAUUCUAACAAAGAAUCUCCUGAAAGAAGUGAUGCUUCCAAUGAUCAAUCUGGAAAAUCAAAUCAAAGUGAAAUGACAAACCAACAAAGCCGUGAUGGGUCACAGUCCGUUAACUCAAGUACCAGUGGUAAUGAAAACGAAGAAAAUUUUGAAACAAGAGCUAGUACUGCUGAUCGAACACCGGAUGAAGAAGAAAACCCACAAAACCCAGCACCUAGUAAAGAUGAAACAGCAUCUAAUACGUCUACAUCGAAUCAAUCUCUUUCGUUGGGUGCAAAUGUUAAAUUGACCACUAACAACAAGGAUUCUAACAAAGAAUCUACUGAAAGAAGUGAUGCUUCUGAUGAUCAAUCUGGAAUAUCAAAUCAAAGUGAAAUGACAAACCAACAAAGCCGUGAUGGGUCUCAGUCUGUUAAUUCAAGUACUGGUAAUGAAAACAAAGAAAAUUCUGAAUCAGUAUCUAGUAUUGAUAGAACACCAGGUGAAGAAGAAAACCCUCAAAACCCAGCACCUAGUAAAGAUGAAACAGCAUCUAAUACGUCUACAUCGAACCAAUCUCUUUCGUUGGGUGCUAAUGUUAAAUUGACCACUAACAACAAUGAUUCUAACAAAGAAUCUCCAGAAAAAAGUGAUGCUUCUGAUGAUCAAUCUAGGAAAUCAAACCAAAGUGAAAUGACAAACCAACAAAGCCGUGAUGGGUCACAGUCCGUUAACUCAAGUACCAGUGGUAAUGAAAACGAAGAAAAUUCUGAAACAAGAGCUAGUACUGCUGAUCGAACACCGGAUGAAGAAGAAAACCCACAAAACCCAGCACCUAGUAAAGAUGAAACAGCAUCUAAUACGUCUACAUCGAACCAAUCUCUUUCGUUGGGUGCUAAUGUUAAAUUGACCACUAACAACAAUGAUUCUAACAAAGAAUCUCCAGAAAAAAGUGAUGCUUCCAAUGAUCAAUCUAGGAAAUCAAACCAAAGUGAAAUGACAAACCAACAAAGCCGUGAUGGGUCACAGUCCGUUAACUCAAGUACCAGUGGUAAUGAAAACGAAGAAAAUUCUGAAACAAGAGCUAGUACUGCUGAUCGAACACCGGAUGAAGAAGAAAACCCACAAAACCCAGCACCUAGUAAAGAUGAAACAGCAUCUAAUACGUCUACAUCGAAUCAAUCUCUUUCGUUGGGUGCAAAUGUUAAAUUGACCACUAAUAACAAUGAUUCUAACAAAGAAUCUCCUGAAAGAAGUGAUGCUUCCAAUGAUCAAUCUGGAAAAUCAAAUCAAAGUGAAAUGGCAAACCAACAAAGCCGUGAUGGGUCACAGUCCGUUAACUCAAGUACCAGUGGUAAUGAAAACGAAGAAAAUUUUAAAACAGGAGCUAGUACUGAUGAAAAACCAGAAGAAGGAGUAAAAGAAGAAACCUUAGAACACAUUGGAAACGAACAGGUAUCCAAACUCUUGCAAUCAAAUCCAGUGCUUACUAUGGGAGGAAAUAUUAAAAUGAAUACUAGGAACAAUAACUCAAGUAAAGAAUCUCAUGUAGUGAGCCACGAGAACCCAGAUCAAUCCGAUAGCUCAAGUGCGAGCCAAAAAGAAACAGUUCGCAAUAGACAUAUGUCCCAGACGGAAGUCCCUAGUACCAGUGGUAAUGUAAACAAUGUACACUCAGAGAAUACUUCAAGGGUUUAUAAUCAAAAAGCGGAACUAGCAAAGAAGGAUAAUUCAGCACCUGGUCAAACAUCAGCAGAAUCGAAUCCUUCACAAUCAAAUCCAUUACUCGCCGUAGAAAGAAAAUUCAAAUCGAACUCUAGGGAUAGUAAUGAAAAUAAUGAGUCUCACAUGACAAGCAAAACGAAUCCAGUUAAAUUAUCUUCUUCUGAAAAUUCAAUUUCGAAAGAAACGGAAAAACAUGUCAGUAGACAUGGUUCUACAGUAGAUACCUCAAAUACUGCUAAAAAUGUAAACAAUAUAAACCCCGAAAUUGAUGCGAGUGUUGAUGAAAUAACAACAGAGGAAUCACAGAAAGAAGCCCAGAAAUCUGAUAAAGAUAUACAGGCAUCUAAUCCUUUAAACACUGAGCAUUCACUUGCAGGAAAGGUAAAUUUCAGAGUAGACACUGGGAAUAGUAAGUCAAAUGAUGGGUCUGAAAACUCAAACACAAGAGAAAUUGAAAAUAAUUGGAGAAGUCAUGUAACCGAAUCAGAUAUCAUCGCUAAGAAUAAAGAUCAAAAAGAUUCAGUUGAUGACAACGCCAAAUCAGUCAAAAAUAGUAACACUUUCUCUACAAGCUCAAAUCAAGAAUCAUUUGACUUGAAUCAAGAACCGCAUGCAAAACUCAAUCCAUUUAUGGAAUCGUUGGAAUAUGAAACUUUAGAUUCUUAUGACAAAAUCAAAAACCAAGUUGAUAAAAAAAAUAAAGUAACAAACGGAAAUAAGAAUAGUAAUAACCAAAAUACGAAAACUUCGACUUCAACUAUGACGAAUCAAAAAUCUUUCAAAUCAGACACAGAUAAAAAAUUAAUCGAAUUUAAAAUCAAUACAAACUCUGGUGCGUCAAAAAGUUCAACUUCAUCCAAAGGAAAACCAACCGGAAAAAGUAUAAAAGAUGUAUUGAUUUUUUUGGGAUUGCUUAAAUCUAAUAAAAGUUCAAAUUCGCAAGAAAAUUCAAAUGAUUCAGUUAGUUCAAGAAACGAAUCAUCAAGAAAAUCGAAUGUAGUGGAUAAAAAAAAUAGUGGAAAAUCAACUUCUGAGGAAUCAUCUAUUUCAGAAUUAUUGAAUUCUUUCUUUCAAAAUGUUAUUUAUGAAAAUAUUGUGAAACUUUUCAAAUCCAGUUCAAAUGCAAGUUCUAAUAAUGGCGAAGAAAUCAAUGCGUCAAAAUUGUUGAAACUUUUAAAUGUUUCCAAUCCGAAAGUUGCCUUAACUCCGAAAAGUGAAUAAUUUUUAUUAUAAACUAUUUUUCAGAAUUAAAGUAAUAAGUAGUAGAUUAAAAAGUAAAAAAAU